UCCUCCCCUUUUCACAUUCUCCUCUCCUCUCCUCUCCUCUCCUCCCACCUUCCAUCCUCCUCCUCCUCUCCAAGGUGGUGGUGCAGUCUUCCAAACCCUCUUCUCCUCCUCCCCUCUCCCCCAACCGACACCUCCAACCACCACUCCUCCUCCUCCUCCUCCUCAUGGAGAAGGCUGAGAGAGAGACUCAUGACUUCAUGAAUGUUGAUACCUUCUCUCAACUCCCUUUCAUCCGCCCUGCACCGGUUAAAGAAAAAGGCAUUCGACUAUUCGGCAUAGAAUUCGGCGGCGGAGGUGACACCACCGCCCUCACCACCGACGAGUCUGACUCCGCCGACACCAACAAUCCCUGUGAAGAACUAGUGCUAAAAGACGACAACAACAACAACAACAAUAACAACGACAAUGGAGAGAGUAGUCGAAAAUUCGAAUGCCAUUACUGUUGCAGAAACUUCCCCACCUCUCAAGCCCUAGGAGGCCAUCAAAAUGCACACAAGAGAGAGCGUCAACACGCCAAACGCGCCCACCUCCAGUCUGCCAUGGUCCACGGCGGCUUCUCCGACGUCUACGGCCUCAUGAACUACCCUCAUCACCGCCUCGGCUCCGCCACCGCUCCUCCAAACCCCGCCACCAUGACUUACCACCACCACAACCCAUAUGCCAAUACUACCCCUAGGUUUUAUGGAAGUCAUCAUGGUGGUGGCGGUGGUGGUGGCGCGUACUCUCACCACCACCACCAACCACCCAUAAAUGGCAGCCCUCUCGCCUUAUGGCGUAUCCCCGCUGUCCAAAAUUCGCCUACGCUUAAUCGUGACCGUUCAAUGCAUCAUCCGUUGCCAUUGUUCGCCAGCGAUGAUUUGAAGCCAUCGCCGAUGAUGGGUAGCUCUAGUUCUCAAAGCCGGUAUGGGUAUGAAGCGAAGUCCACGGUACAAGAUCAUGUGAGUUUGGAUCUUCAUCUGUAAGAAAUUUGAUUAUGCUUCGAUAUAAUCAUAUUUAUGAAACAAAAUUUAAAUUCUCUAAUGGAUUCCGGGCUAUCAUUUGUUAUGAAAAGUGAGAUGACUCUAAUUAAGCACAAUUUAAUAUGAGGAUGAAUUAGGAUUUGAGUCUUACUGUUGCGCGAUGCCAUGGAGCUUCUCUUUCUCUUAUCUCCUUGUAAAAAAAAUAAUUUAAGUACAAUUUGUUAUUAUGAUUUUUUUACC